AAACGUGUGCUGCGUGCGUGAGAGGAAAACAACAGUCCAUCAGUUUUGAACAGUUUUGCAUUGUGCGAAACUUUUCCGCCACAAAUUUCUUAAAAUUUUAACAAACUACUUUAGGCACACCGAUAUUUCCUUAGGUUAAUCGCUAGGUCUAGUUCGUUAGGAUGUUUAAAAAAUUCGACGAGAAGGAAAGCAUCUCCGGUGUGCAGCAGCUGAAGUCCUCGGUCCAGAAGGGCAUCCGGAGCAAGCUGAUCGAGCAGUAUCCGCACAUUGAAAGCCACAUCGACAUGGUGCUGCCCAAGAAGGACCAGUUCCGCAUCGUCAAAUGCCACGACCACAUCGAGAUCCUGGUGAACAGCACGGGCGAGCAGUUGUUCUUCCGGCACCGGGAGGGAUCGUGGAUGCCAACGUUGCGCCUGUACCACAAGUUCCCAUUCUUCCUUCCGAUGGAGCAGGUCGACAAGGGCGCGAUUCGAUUCGUGCUGAGCGGGGCCAACAUCAUGUGUCCGGGGCUGACGUCGCCUGGCGCCUGCAUGACCAAGGUGGACAAGGGCACGGUGGUGGCCAUCAUGGCCGAGGGCAAAAACCACGCCCUGGCCAUCGGACAGACUACGUUGUCCACGGAUGAUAUAGCUAAGGUCAACAAGGGCGUUGGCGUGGAAAACUGCCACUACCUGAAUGACGGUCUCUGGCAGAUGAAACCGGUCAAGUAAACGCGUUGCUAGUCCACUCAGGGAGCUGUGUUCUCUAAUAGGAAAUAUGGAAACGACAAAUUUCUUGAAAUCAUUGUAAAGAUCAGUUAUAUGUAUUUCUAUCUACACACAUACCAACCAAUCAACUGUCAUAUAAUUGUCUAACUGUGAAAUGGAAUAAACUUUACGAUGUGAUUAUUCACAUGGAAAAGU